AUCUUUCCUACAGGGGAGAAACAUUGCCACCGAGGUUGGAGUCAAUGGGCUUUCUGACCUUAGAAACAUCUGAUACACUCUGUUUGCUGUUCUUUUGGGAUUACUUAUUGUUUAUUUUCAUAGGGGACUCAUUAACCCUUUAGCUGCCUUCUAUUGAAGAAAUUUAUAAUCUGGAAGACCAUUUGGAUUGGCUCAGUGUCCUGCUCUUCUUGAUACUGAGGGACGCCUCCAACAGACCAAUGGGGAGAAGGCAGAAGACGUUUUCAAACGUGUCGCCCACCAAAGCGCCGGGCCUCGCUGCCAGGGGCCUCCCCCGCCCGUCCAAGAUGGUGCUGCUGCCGUGCUACCCCCAGCACUCGGUGCCGUCCAUCAGCGAGGACGCCCUGUCCAGGGCCAAGACGAGCCCGGCGCAGGUCAGACUGCCGGGCAACCCUCGCUGCAGGAGCACCGCGACGCCCUCGGCGGGCCCCAGGGAGGCGGCGGCCGUGCUGCUGCCCCACCUGGAGGCCCCCCGCGCCAGGCCCUGGGGCAAGGCCGCGGUCAUCGCCUCGGCGUGCCCGGAGUACUGGGCCACCCCGCUGUUCGGCCUCACUCGCUGGCCCCAGGCACCCCUGGCUCCCGAGCGCCCCCUCCUCAAGAGCCCGUCCGGACCGGACCACCUUCCUAAGAUUCCCCAAGGUUGUCAGAUCCAAUGCGAGGCCCAGCCACUCCUCGGGGCCUGGCCCCAAUCUCCGUCCCUGCCCGACUCCUGGGCCAGGGGGAGCUCGGGGGCCUUGCCGUGCCUCGGCGGCCAGCCUUCGCUGGGCUCUCGGCCCUGGGACUGGGCCGUGACGCCCCGGCUCCGGUGCCUCCCCCAACGGCCCAAGAUGCCAGCCCUUCCGCUCCCCUCCCCCGGCAGCUACCCUGAGAUCACAAGCGGGGUGUCAUCACAAUCCCUCCAGCAGGUCAGGCCUCUCACGGUGCCACCCGCAGGUCCCCCCGUGCCCUUGACUCCCAUGGCCAUGACUGUGCUGACUCCAGUGGCCACGCACCCGGCCAGCCACGACCCCGACUGGAUCAGGGCCGCCUCGGCGCCCUUUCACUACCCGCGUCCGCCUCUGAGCGAGAGCCCGCUGGUGCCCCACUACAGCUGGCUCCGGGGGGCCCUCGUUCCCUCCAGGCUCCCCCAGCAGCAGCCCGCGGCUCUGCCAGGAGCCUACAGCCUGGCCGAGGUCCUCCUGGUCCCCGAGCAACAGGCGAGGCGCUUAGUGGGUCCGGAGCACCCCACUGAAGUCUUGCACUUCAGUUACUGGGUCGCCCCUCAACCAGGCCCUGACCAGGAGCUCGCUGCGACGCCACAGAGCUCAGAGCUCAGAGGGAAUGGCACGGCGGACCUUCGCCAACAGGAGAAAGCCCCACCAGACGCCGCCUGCCCGCGCGAGCCUGGACCGGGUCCAGAGAGCGAGGUCAAGGAGCAUCCCGAGGCCCCCGAAGGAGGUCCGAACCCCGCCAAGGAGACUCCGCUGGAACGCAAGCCUACGGACGUACCUCCAUCCCCUCCCAGCUCCUCAGCGGAGGCUGUGCCAGGAACUCCUGAGCAGGACGAGGCUCUCACAGGCGCUGCCCGGCCCGAUGAGGCGGACCAGACCGAGGACACCUCACAUUCCACUCGGAACUUAGAACCCCGGCCCAUUCCUUCAUCGAGCCCGGGCCAGACAAUCCAGGCUGACGACGAUCCCGACCACCAAGACCAGCCUUCUCUGGCUUCUCCCCAGUGGGAUGAGCAGACCGCGCCAGACGGCCACCAGGGCUCUACAGCUUCAGAUUCCGACCACCCCCCGGAGCUUCAUCUGGCUCCUCAGCCUCCAGAUAUGCUCAGACUCAGUCCUGACUGCCGCGCGGCUUAUCAAGGCGCCCCUCUGAUAGAUCGGGGAAGAGAGCCUGAGAAUUCAGGAAAGCCCGGCCAACAGUCCACUCCAUUUCCAGGAUUUAGCCGUUGGAGAUCCCCGUCAAACCUGAAAGACCAAGUCAAAGUGACCUCCCAUUUUCACAGCCCUGUUAAGACUUUUCCACCUGGCCUCCACCACAAGGUCCACAAAGUCCAGAGAGAGUCUUCAAAGUAUUUCACACAUGUCCAUGCAGCACACCCGACUGAGGGUGUUGGGACGAUCUCUAAGGAAUUUUUCAAUGAUAUCAUCAAUUCCAUUCCGCGGGAGAAAAUAAAAAGUGAUAUCCAAAAGCAGAUUCUCCUGAGGCGAAUGAGGGGAUAUCAUAAUACUCAGCCUGGCUCACAUUUAUCAUCUAGUUACACUAUCUGUUUAGCUUGUGCCUCUUGGAUUCCAUAUGGUUGUCCUCAUAUAAAUGGAACAAAAGAUCCUUAUAGAGCACAAUUAGUGGUCAUGCCAAGUCCUUUGCCUAAUAGUAAGGAUGAAAUGGGUAUUAAAUAUGUCCUCCAAGUUCCCCAGCCAAAGACAGGAAACAUUUGGGACCCUUCAUACUUUACAUCUCCAACUUCAUCUUCUUGUCCUCACACUAUGUCCCUUAAAUCACAAAUUGAUCAUCAUUUACCUAAAAGGAUGACCUGGCUCAAUUUUAUACUUGCUAAGGGUGAUCGGCCAUGUGGGAGAAAAACAUAUGAAAAUAAGCAACAGUUCAAAGAAAAAAUGUCCAUGAAUUUCAGUACCCCCACACAAGGAGCAAGAAGGAAUGAGGAUGUUGUAAGAUCUCUAUUAGACAGACUGAAAAAUAAGAGAACUGCAAAUUAAAGAACCCAUCCUCCUCUAAAAUAA